CACCUUCAGUCAAGCCGGGCCAGCCAGCGGGUGAGCGGAGUGUCUGCAAAGCGGCCCGGUCACCUGUCGUGGCAGCUGCAUGGAAAUCCCGGCGCUUCUGCUGUCUGGAGCCUGUGCGGUUUCCUCUGGCAAAUCACGGAGAUUCCGCUCCCGGCACUAACCCUUCCUCUUUUGCUCCUUCACUCUCCUAACCCUGCUCCUGCUGCUGAUGUGAAGUUUCACCGUUUGGGGGUAAUUAGCAAGGAGGUGUCCACUUUUUCUUUUGGAGGCGCCUCUUGCUUGGGAAGGUGAGGGCCGUCUAGCUUUGUGGUUUGAAUUGAAUGUGGAGGAGUUGACAGUCAUCAGUGAGAUUGAUGUCACUUAGGGACCUGUUCCUUCUGCCAACCUGCCCAGAGUUGUAGAGACCAUCCAGGACCUUCCAGUCAUGAAUAAUCUGAUGGCUCCUGAACUAACUGGGAAAACAAACAUAUCAAGUGCCCUUUGAAGAUUGUGUCUAUAUAUGUAAAACCUUUUCUUUACAUGUAAACUUUUCCAUUCUGAACAUCAAGAGUUUGGCCACUGAUGAAAAUUAAGCAUCAGAUGAAACAACUUCAUUCCUUACAGUGUUCAUGAGCAAAAGCAAGUUUGCCGAAGAAAAAAUUGCACAGGUUAAGCCUAAAGAGUACCUCUCCAGUGUGAAGAAGGAACACACUUUAAAACUCUGGAUUGAAACUCAGAAACUUUUACUGUGAUUGUAGAAGGAGUGAGGGGAUAGAUCUGAAAAGGAACGGAUUCCUUUGUGUCUUCAGCUAUUUGAAUUUUUAUUUAUUUUUAUCUUUUUUCUUUUCUGCAUAUAUAUGCUAUUUUAAAAUACUAAUUGGAACUGUCAGUUACAAAAUAAAUAUCAAGAAAAGCCUUUCUUGGUCUAAAGAUGUGAACAGGCUUGAAUGUGAACAGGAAGAUAUCUUUUAGCAAAGCUUGGAGCCAGUCCUGGGAGAUGGUACAGCUUGGAGAACUCUGAUACACACCUGGGUUUAAAGAUUUGCAUCUGAGAGGAAGAUUAUUUAAUGGACAUAAUUCUAAGGUUGCUUUUUUCAUUAAGAUAGAAGAAUAAAUGACUUUUACUAAUGAAAAAACAGAGAAACAAGAGAAAGGAGAAACAGAAUCCUGCAUCCUGACGCUGUGUAAGCAAAAAGUAGGACCAAACUAAGGAAAAUACUUGGUCCAUUUAGGUAGCAGUUUACUCAUACUUGCUGACCUGCUGGCUUGCAUCUCUGCUGAGGGAAGGGGCUUAGCUCCAGUCUCCAGGGCACUGAGUGUUGUUCCAGCCCAUGGAGGAAUCAUUCUAGGAAGCGUGUUCCUGGGGACAUAGGGCCAGUGUUUGAGACAGGAAGCUUCUGGCUGUGAACGGUGGGGGAAAGUGUUUUUCUUGUUAAAACUUUGACUGCUGUCUGCAUGAGCUCUGUUCUGACUUUGCACAUUAGUGUGCCUUUUCCCUUACGCAAUCUUUUUUAGCUGUGUAGCAGAAACUUGCCUAGUUCCGAAAACGUGCCAGAGGGUGACUUCAGAGGGAAAAUGUUCUUGUAUGAUCAUUCUCUGCAUUGGAACUGUUGAAUAGAGAAAUCCAGCUAGAGCAAUUCUUACCGCCUUAAGUUACUUGAAAUCUAUUUGUUUGUAACCCUUUUUCUGGAAUCACAUUACAAAAAAACUGGAAUCUCAGGUUGAGACUAACAAGGCUGAGUAAAAUUAAAAUUGAAGAAAACUGAUUCUCCAUCAUCACUUACUAACCGGUCUUCAAAGGAUUGGCAUGUUUGCCUCCUAAGAACUUGAAAAUGAGAAAGGACCCCAUGUGUUUUUAGGCAUUACCUUUCUUAGCCAACUGAUGUCUUUUAUAGAGGAGUUUUUUCACUAUGCAUUUGGUGGAUCUUUAUAAGCUAUUGACCUAAUUGGACUCUAGAUUAGUUGUAACUGAAGGAGAAAAAACCAAACCAACAGAACCCAACCACAAAAAUAAGCCAAUAAAAGAACUUGGUUUGAAAUUCGUCAGUACUUUUAAAGUGAAAUACUUCAUUGAAAAAAGUAUGUAUGCAGCAGUGGAACAUGGGCCUGUGCUUUGCAGCGAUUCCAACAUCCUCUGCCUGUCCUGGAAAGGGCGUGUCCCCAAGAGUGAGAAGGAGAAGCCUGUGUGCAGAAGGCGCUACUAUGAAGAAGGAUGGUUGGCCACAGGCAAUGGGCGAGGUGUGGUGGGGGUGACUUUCACCUCGAGUCACUGUCGCAGAGAUAGGAGUACACCACAGAGAAUAAACUUCAACCUGCGAGGCCACAACAGUGAGGUUGUGCUAGUGAGAUGGAAUGAGCCAUACCAGAAACUGGCCACGUGUGAUGCAGAUGGAGGAAUCUUUGUGUGGAUUCAAUAUGAAGGCAGAUGGUCUGUGGAACUGGUCAAUGACCGUGGGGCUCAGGUGAGUGAUUUCACUUGGAGCCACGAUGGGACUCAAGCUCUCAUUUCAUAUCGAGAUGGGUUUGUCCUGGUUGGUUCUGUCAGUGGACAAAGACACUGGUCAUCUGAAAUCAACUUGGAGAGUCAGAUCACAUGUGGUAUAUGGACUCCCGAUGACCAGCAGGUGUUGUUUGGCACAGCAGAUGGGCAGGUGAUUGUCAUGGACUGCCACGGCAGAAUGCUAGCCCAUGUCCUCCUGCAUGAAUCUGACGGCAUCCUCAGCAUGUCCUGGAAUUACCCCAUCUUCCUGGUUGAGGACAGCAGUGAGAGUGACACAGACUCAGAUGAUUAUUCUCCUCCCCAAGAUGGGCCUGCAGCAUACCCCAUUCCUGUGCAGAACAUCAAGCCUCUGCUCACCGUCAGCUUCACCUCCGGAGACAUCAGCUUAAUGAACAACUAUGAUGACUUGUCCCCCACUGUCAUCCGUUCAGGGCUGAAAGAGGUGGUGGCCCAGUGGUGUACACAGGGAGACCUACUGGCAGUUGCUGGGAUGGAGCAACAGGCCCAGCUCAGCGAGCUGCCCAGUGGUCCUCUUCUGAAGAGCGCCAUGGUCAAGUUCUACAAUGUUAGAGGAGAGCACAUUUUCACUUUGGAUACACUUGUGCAGCGCCCCAUCAUCUCUAUCUGUUGGGGCCAUCGGGAUUCCCGGCUGCUUAUGGCCUCAGGACCAGCCCUGUAUGUGGUUCGUGUAGAACACCGAGUGUCCAGUCUCCAGCUGUUAUGCCAGCAGGCCAUCGCCAGCACCCUUCGAGAAGACAAGGAUGUUAAUAAGCUGACCUUGCCUCCUCGUCUCUGUUCCUACCUCUCCACUGCCUUCAUUCCCACUAUUAAGCCCCCAAUUCCAGACCCCAACAACAUGCGAGACUUUGUCAGCUACCCCUCAGCGGGCAAUGAACGGCUGCACUGCACCAUGAAGCGUACAGAGGAUGACCCAGAGGUCGGUGGGCCCUGCUAUACACUCUACUUGGAGUAUCUGGGAGGACUCGUGCCUAUUCUCAAGGGGAGGCGUAUUAGCAAACUGCGGCCAGAGUUCGUCAUUAUGGACCCUCGGACAGACAGCAAAUCAGAUGAGAUCUAUGGGAACAGCUUAAUUUCUACUGUGAUUGACAGCUGCAACUGCUCAGACUCCAGUGAUAUUGAACUGAGUGAUGAUUGGGCUGCCAAGAAGUCUCCCAAAAUUUCCAGAGCUAGCAAAUCGCCCAAACUCCCAAGGAUCAGCAUUGAGGCCCGAAAGUCACCCAAGCUUCCGAGGGCUGCUCAAGAUAUUUCUCGGUCUCCCCGAUUGCCCAUGCGCAAGCCCUCCAUGGGCUCACCCAGCCUAACCCGGAGAGAGUUUCCUUUUGAAGAUAUCGCUCAGCACAACUAUCUUGCUCAGGUCACAUCCAAUAUCUGGGGAACCAAGUUUAAGAUUGUGGGCUUGGCUGCAUUCCUACCAACCAACCUCGGUGCAGUAAUCUAUAAAACCAGCCUACUGCAUCUCCAGCCGCGGCAGAUGACCAUUUAUCUCCCAGAAGUUAGGAAGAUUUCCAUGGACUAUAUUAAUCUGCCUGUCUUCAACCCAAACGUUUUCAGUGAAGAUGAAGAUGACUUACCAGUUACAGGAGCAUCAGGUGUUCCUGAAAACAACCCACCUUGUACAGUGAACAUCCCUAUUGCACCAAUCCACAGCUCUGCUCAAGCUCUGUCUCCCACACAGAGCAUAGGGCUAGUACAGUCCCUGCUGGCCAAUCAGAAUGUGCAGUUGGAUGUCUUGACCAAUCAGACAACAGCUGUAGGGUCUGUAGAGCAUGCAGGUGAUGCUACUACUCAGUACCCAGUCUCCAGUCGGUACUCUAAUCCUGGACAGGUGAUUUUUGGAGGUGUAGAAAUGGGCCGCAUCAUUCAGAAUCCUCCUCAAUUGCCUUUGCCACCACCGCCACCACCGCCACCACAGGCGCCUAUGCAACUGUCUGGGGUGGACCAUGGAGAGCGGGACCAUGAGCACCUGCAGAAGUCAGCCAAGGCCCUGCGGCCAGUACCUCAGCUGGCUGCCGAGGGGGAUGCGGUGGUUUUCAGUGCCCCACAGGAGGUCCAGGUGGCGAAGAUGAAUCCCCCACCCCCGUACCCAGGAACUAUCCCUGCUGCCCCAACCACGGCUGCACCCCCACCCCCUCUGCCACCACCACAGCCCCCAGUGGAUGUAUGUUUGAAGAAGGGUGACUUCUCACUGUACCCUACAGCAGCACAUUACCAGCCUCCACUAGGCUAUGAGAGGAUUACCACCUUUGACAGCAGUGGCAACGUGGAAGAGGUGUGCCGGCCUCGUACUCGGAUGCUCUGUUCCCAGAACACCUACACUCUUCCCGGCCCAGGCAGUUCUGCCACCUUGAGACUCACAGCCACUGAGAAGAAGGUCCCCCAACCCUGCACCAGUGCCACUCUGAACCGACUAACUGUCCCUCGAUACUCCAUCCCUACAGGGGACCCACCUCCAUACCCUGAAAUUGCUAGCCAACUGACGCAGGGGCGGAGUGCUACUCAAAGGCUGGACAACAGUCUCAUCCAUGCCACCCUACGAAGGAACAACCGAGAGGUUGCACUAAAGAUGGCCCAGCUGGCUGACAGCUCCCGUGCUCCACUGCAGCCCCCAGCCAAGCCUAAAGGGGGUGCUGGUGGGGCAGUGGUACAGCUCCCAGCAAGGCCUCCACCUGCCCUAUAUACCUGCAGCCAGUGCAGUGGAGCGGGCCCCAGUUCCCAGUCAGGUGCAGCCCUGGCCCACGCUAUCAGCACUUCCCCACUGGCCUCCCAGUCCUCCUACAAUCUUCUAAGCCCUCCUGACACCUCCCGUGAUCGUACUGACUAUGUCAACUCAGCCUUCACAGAGGAUGAGGCCCUCUCUCAGCACUGUCAGCUGGAGAAGCCUCUGAGGCAUCCCCCACUUCCUGAAGCUGCUGUCACCAUGAAGCGACCUCCCCCUUACCAGUGGGACCCCGUGCUGGGUGAGGAUGUUUGGGUACCCCAGGAAAGGACAGCACAACCUACAGUGCCCAACCCCUUAAAACUGUCCCCCCUCAUGCUAGGGCAAGGCCAGCACCUGGAUGUGGCUCGAGUGCCCUUUGUGUCUCCCAAGUCUCCGUCCAGCCCUACUGCCACCUUCCAGACAGGCUAUGGGAUGGGAGUGCCAUAUCCAGGUAGCUAUAACAACCCUUCUUUGCCUGGAGUACAAGCUCCAUGCUCCCCUAAGGAUGCCCUAUCCCCGGCACAGUUUGCACAACAGGAGUCUGCUGUCGUACUUCAGCCAGCAUACCCACCCAGCCUUUCCUACUGCACCUUGCCCCCCACAUAUCCGGGAAGCAGCACAUGCUCCAGUUUACAGCUGCCGCCAAUCGCCUUGCACCCUUGGAACUCCUACAGCACCUGCCCACCCAUGCAGAAUACCCAGGGCACUCUCCCCUCCAAGCCCCACUUAGUGGUGGAGAAGCCUCUUGUGUCCCCUCCACCUGCCGAGCUCCAAAGCCACAUGGGCACAGAGGUGAUGGUAGAGACUGCAGACAAUUUCCAAGAAGUCCUCUCUCUGACAGAAAGCCCUGUACCCCAGAGAACAGAAAAAUUUGGAAAGAAGAACCGGAAGCGCCUGGACAGCCGAGCAGAGGAAGGAAGUGUUCAGGCCAUCGCUGAGGGCAAAGUGAAAAAGGAUGCUAGGACUUUGAGUGACUUUAAUUCUCUUAUCUCCAGCCCCCGCCUAGGGAGAGAGAAGAAGAAAGUCAAAAGUCAGAAAGACCAACUGAAGUCAAAGAAGUUGAACAAGACAAACGAGUUCCAGGACAGCUCAGAGAGUGAGCCUGAGCUGUUCAUCAGUGGGGAUGAGCUGAUGAACCAAAGCCAAGGUAGCAAGAAGGGAUGGAAAAGCAAGAGGAGCCUGCGGACAGCCAGUGAGCUGGAGGAAUUCAAGUGCCGAAAAGCCAGUGAGAAGGAAGAUGGGCGGCUGGGCAGCCAGGGCUUUGUGUACGUAAUGGCCAACAAGCAGCCUCUGUGGAAUGAAGCCACACAGGUAUACCAGCUGGAUUUUGGAGGAAGGGUGACCCAGGAGUCUGCUAAGAACUUCCAGAUCGAGUUGGAAGGACGACAGGUGAUGCAGUUUGGACGGAUUGACGGCAACGCAUACAUCCUAGACUUCCAGUACCCCUUCUCAGCUGUGCAGGCUUUUGCUGUUGCCCUGGCCAAUGUGACUCAGCGCCUAAAGUGAAGAGACAGAUGCAGGAGGAGACAUGGCAGGAGCCUUCGGAGGCAGAACUCAUGCUGCUACUACCUGAGAAGAACAGAGGAAGCCAGCAGGCCAGGAGGGUGCUGAUCUAUAGACAUGUCGUUUGUUCAGUUAGCCUUUAUUGUCUCUUUUCUUUUGAUUGAGUGGUGUUUGGAAGCCAAGAAUUUGAGGUAUCUUGUGUUCUUGAAGGCAGUGUCGCUUGGCUACAGAGUGUUGUACUGAAUUUACUUCUCAUGACAAGGAUUAAGGGCCUUUGCAAAGAAGAUAGAUUGUCGGCCUUGCUCUUCUUUUAAACAUAGAGAGUGUUAGUGUUCAUUCUUCAUGUCAUCUGGCCUCUGUUCCAACAUUAUCACUCAUAAAAAAAAAUUUUAAACACAACCAAAACUCUGGAAGAUUCAGCUUGUAUUGAGUUGGGGCGGACAGCAUUUCAUUCACAGAUGUGUGCUACUCACUAAAAGGUACCUGGAUGAAUGAAAGACACAUAUGCAAAUGCCUUGUGCUCUGCUUAGGUAAGCCACAGUAGAUGGGUACUGUCACCAGUGUCAAUGUGAUUUGAUAGGCAGUGUGUGAGGGAAGAGACUGCCCAUGGACACAGGCUCACAUACAGACAACUGGAUGAGCUGGUAGUGUGGCUUAUGCAAGGGUUAUUUCCCAAGGAUACUAGUUGGAAACCCCACUUGUGUCAGAAUUAAUCCCAUCUGACUUUGGAAGAAGGUAAGAGACUUCAGUCAGUGGGCCGAUUCAGGCUGGGGUAGAGCAGGGCUUGCCUCAUAGUCAUUAGACUGCUCAGUCACCAGAUACCUCCCUCCACUUGUCAAAAAACAGCCUUUGUUAUCCUUACCCCUUUGUUUUAAUCUGGAACAUUUUACUGUAGACAUCUUUCUCUUUAGAUCCUAUUGCUCUGUCUUUUCUAAACAUGAAUGAGACUUGAUUUGCACCUACACCCUUCCUUCCCUUGUCCACAUUAAAAUACAGUUGAUUUGAAUGCUUUCCAACAGUUAUAAGUGUAACCAAAAAUAUGUAUGCAUUUCUCAGGAUAUUAAAAGAUAGGAUCAUGGUCAAAUCUUUGGGGAAAACUCCACAAUAUGCUAUAAGGGGAAAAAAAACUGUUGUUGGGUGCAUAGGCUGUACUAAAAGAUGAGCCACGGGAAAGCCUUGUUAAGACUGUCUGUGCUUUAUUCAUUCUUCCUGUAGCAUCUUUGGGCAAUUUCUUCUUGUGGGAACACACCAGGCAAAUACCCAAACUGAUAGACCCAGCUCUUGCUGCUGCUGGCGCCUGUGGUGCUUAUUCCCAGAGCACAAGCGCUUUGACUUUUUAGUUGGGUAUUAUUUGAAAGCUGACAAGUGGAAGAUGCUAAGGAAAUUCUUUUCAGCUUAAACAUUGUUUCGGUUUCCUUCUCCUCUUCCUUCUCCUCCUCCUCCUCCUCCUCUUCCUCCUCUUCCUCUUCUUCUUCCUCUUCCUCCUCUUAUUCCUCCUCCUCCUCCUCUUCCUCCUCCUCCUCCUCCUUGUGUUUGGUUUAAGAAUUAGAAAAGAAACUGUCUGAUUCCUUUAGCUGAGCAAAAUUAAAUUAAUCAUCUUUUUUUUGUAGAUUCCAAAGAAAUAUGGACAAGAACUUCCAGCUGAUACUGGAGUUUUCCAUUUUAUAAUUUAAAAUACGGGAGCUGAUUCUUAGGUGGGUCAGUUGUCCCAGAACAAGUUGAACAGUAUAUUCAGAGUUACUGUGUUUACGUAAGUUCUUGUAGCUUGUAAGGUGUUCAGUGCUUAUCAUUAGUUGUGCAAUACUAUUGUAGCCUCUCUGUUUAUAGAAUAAUUUAAAUGCAAUUUUCUUUGUUUUGUUGUCUAAGAGAGAGUUAUUUAUCUUGCUCUUUAUAGUAUUCUUGGGAACUAUUUUGUUACUAUGUAUUGGUGAUUUAUGCCCAUUUUAUUAUUUAUUUAGAAAACUAGUACCUUUGUAAUGACUUGUUUGGUGGCAAUGUAUUUUGCUGCAAAAAAUAAAGAGAAUAUGACAGAAGUUACAUUUUUUUUUUGGGUUGGGUGCCUUGUAACUUUCUUGAGAGUUUUUGAGAAAAUGUUAUUAAUCCCCUAAAAAAAAAAUUCACUCUUUUUCUCAGUUUUGAUUAUAUGCAAAUUGGUUAUUUCUUUGAAGUAGCAUAUCCUAAGAUAGUAUUUCUUACUUUGAAAAUGUUAGUUAAAAAUAAAAUGUGAUAAGACACAAGGAAGAGCAAGAUAUCUGAGAUAAGAGUUUCAAAAGAGUCCUCUAGUAAAUAAUCUUCAAGUUUUAGAUUUGGUUUUGUUCUUUCAUUUAAAACUGGCCUUUUCCAAAAUGUAAAAGUUAUAUUUACAGCUUUGCUAAAUAAAAACAAAUAUGGAGAAAUCCCUAAAAGAUAUUUUCUGUCCAUGGAGAUGCCAGCUUCUGGCCUUGAAGGUGCUUGACAUGUAAGCUGCAGGACACCUGCCACUCACCAGACACCUCCCCAGGCGGAAGAGUGAGUCUUAGGGCCUGCCACUCACCAGACACCUCCCCCAGGCGGAAGAGUGAGUCUUAGGGCCUGCCACUCACCAGAUACCUCCCCCAGGCGGAAGAGUGAGUCUUAGGGCCUGCCACUCACCAGACACCUCCCCAGGCGGAAGAGUGAGUCUUAGGGUCUACGUGGGCAGUAGGCUGCUGGCUGCAGCAGCUGUGACGUCAUAUCAUUUAAGGUAGUGGCUUCUUCCAGUCAACAUCACUUGAUUAAAUUCUCCUCAAAUUAAGACUUGAAGUACAGAAUUCUAGGUACUUCAUGGUUAUUAAUAGCAAUUUGUGAAUGUCCCAAUGUCUCAUUGGAUACCUACAUUAAAAACAGUCAACUACAUAGAGACUUGUAGGAAAAGAGUAUAUUAACCAACAUGAAAACUAGUGUUAGAUUUAUUUGGCUCUAGUAUCAUCAAAACAAAAGUUGUGGGUGAAUAUACACUACCCAUUUGAAUGUAUAGCCUGAGAAAAACUGAAACCACCACAGCUAGAAAUACUCAGCUCUAAUGGCUCUAAAGCUUUUGCAUGUUGGUACUUUUCAUCCAUAGACCUGCCGUUUGUGUAAUGUUCAUUUUGUUAUCAAAGGUCAGGGGCUCGAGGUUGAAUUAUCCUGCCACAGGGAUAGAGGAUGACUUUGGGCAAGCCCUUGGGGUGUCUGACCUCCUUUUGUCCAUCUCUUAAAUGAAAAGUCACACCUAGACAAGCUUAAACACUACAUUUUCGCUCCAGUUGCCUGAGAGCUCAGAAUUCAGCAGCUCAUUUUCCCCUUCACAAUGGUGAGAUUGGUUAUGUUUCAAAACGUGGUACCUGUGUAGAAAAAGUUUUCAUGAGUCUGUAAGUUAUCUACUGUCUCCUGAGCAGAAACCAGCAAGUUUACCCCUAAAUGUGUUUAGAAUGCUUAUUCUAAUAAAAUUAUGGAAGCAUCAAAUCCAAGUACAGUGGAAGUCCCCAGUGAGUGUGUUCUACUCAGUGGG